AUGGCCUUUUCUCCCGCUGCGACCCGGUCCGUAGGGAAGGGCAAACAGUGGCCGAAGAGAGGCGGAGCAGGCAGCUCGCCAUACGCGCGGGGCGGUGGGGGAACAGUGGACGAGGGGCACAAAGGGGAGGAAAUUGGCGAAAGGGGUGGUAGUGGGGAGGGGGGGGUGCCGGAUAGCGGGCGGAAGGAGGAAGCGGCGGAUGGCGCGCGGAAGGAGGCAGGGGCGGAAGUGGGGCGAAAAGAUGCAACGGGAGGGGAGGCGGGCCGGAGUGACGUGGAUAGAAACACGGUGUUUGUGCGCAACGUCUCGUUUAAAGCCACACAGAGCGAUGUGGGUCUGGAAGAUUUUUUCUCUACGGUGGGCGCUAUCCGAAAAUGCCUCCUUGUGGCACAGACAGCCGCAGCACUGAAUGCCUUAUCCCAGCCUUCUUCCUCCUCCGUCUCAUCAACCCCCACCUCCACACGCAUUCCCCUCCUACCCGCAGCUCGAGGGUUUUUUCUCGACGGGAUACGUGCUACAUUCAUAUGGCCUACAUUAGCUUUGAUUAAUUCCCCUCCCCUGCCUUUCAUCCGUCCUCUCAUCUCCUCCUCUCAUCUCUUCCUCUCAUCUACCCCUCCCAUCUACCCCUCCCAUCUGCCCAUCCCAUCUGCCCCUCCCCAUCUGCCCCUCCCCAUCUGCCCCUCUCAUCUUGCGCUAGCAGAGGACGCGGAGAGGGCAGUGAGGGAGCUCGGGGGAAAGCGGCUGGAGGGGCGACCCCUGGCAGUGGAGCUGGCGAAGAGGCGAGCUUCUCUGGGCGAAAGGCUGGCUAAACGAGGCCCGCGCCCGCAACCCCAUCAAGUGGAGGACCAGGAUGAUCUGACUGGCCUGCAUGGGCUGGGGAGGAGCAACGUGAUGGUUCCUCCUAGUUCCAACCAUGUCUUUGGUGCUCCAAAGGACCAGGAUGAUCUAACGGGCCUGCAUGGGCUGGGGAGGAGCAACGACCCACAUGGUGCAGGGAGGAGGAGUGGCGGCGCUACAGAUGUCAUGGGGAGAAGAAUACCCACUCGCAUCACCACCUUCCCUGCUGCUGACGCCGAUGCGCCUGCUGCUCCUCCUCCUCCUCCCGCUGCUCCUGCUGCUCCUGCCACGAGUGCUGUCGCUGCCGCUCCUGCUGCUGCUGCUGCCAGCCCGCACGGUGGUGUUUGGGGCCUCUCAUCCCCAGCACCAGUGGCACAUGUCUUCUCUGUCGCUGCCGCCAUCGCUGCUCCUGAGGAGGUCACCAAUCCUUUCCUUCCCCUUCCCACCUUGUUCGUUCCUCACUUGUAUCUCCCAGGCCAGCCCGCACGGCCGGCUCGCACGGUGGUGUUCGGAGGGCUCUCAUCCCCAGCAGCAGUGGCGCAUGUCCUCUCUGCUGCUGCCGCCAUCGCUGCUCCUGAGGAGGUCACCAACCCUCUGCCUGAAGAUGCUCUAAAGGAGAGAGGCCUUGCCCUUGAUGACUGCACACCAGGCUGUGGCAUCACUGCACGGCUGGGCGGUGGUGGUAUGAAUGUAGGCCUCGCCCUUGAUGGCUGUACCCCCCCUGCCGUCUCGAUCGUAUUCCCAUCGGUGCGGGCCGCCCGCCAGGCUGUGGCAUCGCUGCACGGCUGCACAGUGGAGGGCGGCGCCGAGGCUGGUGGCUCGGAGGAGCAGAGCGUUGCUGUGUGGGCGAGGCAGCUGGGUGGCGAGGUGGGUGAAUGGGGAACAAGUGGUGUGGUGGUGGAUAGAAAGGUGGCAGAAGCGGAUUUGAGGAAGGCCUUUGCUGUUGCCGGCUUUCCAUGGGCCGUCAAGAUACCACAUGGGGAGGAUGGCAGGCCUCGAGGAUUCGCUUUUGUCACAUUCACUACAAAGAGCGACGCAGCAAAGGCUAUUGAGAAGGUCAGCGGCACGACCAUCAACGGCCGAGCCGUUUCGGUGGGAUGGGCGGUGGCAAAGAGGGAGCACAUGGAGAGUGUGGAGAAGGAGAAAGCCAAGGAGAACAGAGAUGGGUUGUCGAUGCUGUUCGAUGAUGAGGAUGAUGAGAUGACCGAGGGAGGGGAGGAAGAGGAAGAAGAAGAUAAGGAAGCGGAGGAAAUGGAAGAGGAAGUGGAGGAGGAGGAUGACGAGGAAGAGGAGCAGGAAAUGGAAGAAGAGGAGGAGGAUGAGGAGAGAGAAGCAAGGGUGAAGAGUCUUUUGGAUAUGGAAGCAGAGGAGGAGGAUGAGGAGGAUGAUGAUGAAGAUGAAGAGGAGGAAGAGGAGGAAGAAGGGAGUGAGGAGGAAGAGGUUGAGGAUGAGAGUGAGGAGGGAGAGGAGGAGGAGGACGAGGAGGGGGAAGAGGAAGAAGAGGACGAGGAGGAUGAAACAGAUGAUGAGGAGGAGGAGGAGGUAGAUUGGGAGAUGGAGAUGGGUGGUGGUGGCAGCAGUGGUGCCGUGCAAGGGAGUGAGAAGGAUAUGAUGCUACGGGUGCUGUCCCGAGUGGUUGAGCAGGGGAAGGGGGAGGAGGGGAUGGAGGGCGCAGGGGAGGAAGUGGGGUUGAAAGCAAAAGGUGUGGCUGUGAAAGGUGGGAAGGAAGGGGAUGCAGCGAAAAAGGGGAAGGAGGGGAAGGAGGGAAAGGCAGGGAAGGUUGGCGAGGGAAAGAAGACAGGCUCUCGUGAUGGCAAGGAAGGGACGGGUGUGGAGGAAGGGGAGGUGACGGAAGGGAAGGAUGGGAAGGGCGAGAAGGCAGAGGCGCCGCCAGCGACGGUGUUUGUGAGGAACCUGCCUGUGGAUGCCUCAGCUGACCGCAUUCGAGCAGCCUUUGAACGGUUCGGCAAGGUGGCUGACUGCAGAGUCGUGCUGCACCCCGUUACCAGGCGUCCCCGAGGCUCGGCGUUCGUCCGUUUCGAAACGCCCGAAGCCGCGCAAGCCGCCGUGGCAGGCUCGGCCCGAACCGCCAAGGCCAGGGCCGAGGAGGGGGUGAUCAAGGAGGGAACACGAGCAGCAGAGGGAAUGCCAGCAACAGACAUGGAGAAGAGGAAGAGGCUGCAGCGUGAGAAACUGAUGAAGCUCCGAAGCCCCAACUUCGCGGUGUCGUUGACGCGCCUGGCGGUGCACAACGUGCCACGGGAAAUCGAUGAGAAGCAGCUGAAGCAGGUGUUUGUGGAUGCUGUGAAGGCACGGGCCAAGAAGCAGAAGCCUCAUGUGAAGCAGGUGAAGGUGCUGAGGGAAGCAGACAGGGUGGGGCCAGAUGGCAAGCCGCGGUCUAAGGGAGCGGCGUUCAUUGAGUUCAGUGAGCAUCAGCACGCUGUGGCGGCUCUCAGGGCUCUCAACAACCAUCCCACCAUCUUCUCUCGUGAUGCUCGCCCCAUAGUGGAGUUUGCGAUUGAGAAUGUCUCGAUAGUGAAGCAGCGGCAGCACAUGGUGAUGCAGCAGAGCGACAGGCGGCAGGCAGUGCGGCAGCAGCAGAAGCAGCAGAAGAAGCAGGAGAAGAAGCAGCAGCAGCAGCAGCAGCAGCAAGAAGCUUGUGCUGCUGGUCUGGCGAAAGCAAAGGGGGCAAAGAGAAAGCCUGAGGAGGCCGAGCCGCCUGCUGCUGGUGCCACUGAGGGGUCUCCAGCAAAGAAGAAGCAGAAGCAGGUGAAGGGAGCCAAGGGGCGGGUUCAGCAAAGGAAGGGGCAGGGGAAGGACGUGAAGGGGCAUGCGUGUCUGCAGGAGCAAGCAGGUGGGAAGGCAGACGCUGCAACAGAGCAGCAGAGGGCCGGAGUGAAGACAGCCGGUGCAGCAGAGCAGGGAGGGGCGAGAGGCAGUGGGAUGGGCGACCUAAAGAGGAAGCAGAAGGGUGCAGCAGGGGGCGCUGGUGUGUCUCCUGCUGCUGCAGUGAAAUCUGCUGCUGCUUCUCCCGCGACUGCUAUGAAGGCUGCUGCUGGUGCUGUGAGUCCCGGUGCUAAAAAGGCAAAGACAGACCCAAGGAGGGUGGCAGCAGCAGUGGCAAUGAAAGCUGUUGCUGCCUCUCCUGCUUUUGUAGUAAGUCCCGGUUCUAAGAAACAAAAGACAGACGCAAGGAGAGGAGAAGCAGCGGCUGCAGUGGUGGAGGCUAGGCGGGCGCAGGCAGCACUAGCUGGGCUGGGAAGUGGAGGUGGCGGUGGGGAGAGGGGCAAGGCGAGGAGCAAGAAGGGGUCGGAGCACCAGGAGUUGGUGGAUGAGCUUGAUAGGCUCGUGGCGGCUUACAGAUCAAAGAACUAUGGGUGA